CAGGAGCGCGUGGCGGCGCUGACGGGCGCCCCCCCCGAGGACCAAGUGCUGCUCUGGGCCGGGACCCCCCUGGACGAUGGCGCCGCCCUGGGCCCCCUCCCCGAAUUCGCCACCCUCGAGCUCUCCACGCGCCUGCUGGGGG